CUUAAAUUAUUACUAAAAUUUUAAUGUCCAACUCCCAGCUGCCUGCUGGGACAGCGCAGCCCACUCGAUGCACUCAGUUUUCAUGCUGAGGUGGAGCACUCUCCCCAUUGGACAUCUCCUUUUGCCCCCAUCUCCCACCCCAGUGGGUUUCUCCUACUCCCCCCACCAACACAAUAACUUCAGCACCCCACAAAGCACGAGUCCUUUUAGGACACUCUGCUCCAUUCUUUUUGAAGAAGUGUCUCCUUUGGCCCCGUUUCCCCCUCCCCAUCAUUCAUUCACAAUUGAAGAUGUUGGGGUGAGUGACCAAACCUUAAGGCUGGUCCCUUUGGGAGCCCUUUGACUUUGGGUUUGGGCAACCAGCCACGAUGCCUUGGUGACCCACGUCAGGGAGCUCAGUGUUUCUGUACUUGAGUGUAUUCAACGUAUGGUGGCCUCGCUGGUGAUGUGAGAAUUAACAAGAUGCCAAUAUACUACGGUAACGUGGCCCAGAUAAGCCUGGGUGAUAAGCCGUGUUGAUUCAUUUGCUCUUAACCUAUGAGUCAUCCUGUGAGUCAACAGAGAAAACAACAUGGAAACGUCACCCAGCAGGUCCUAAAAACUCAGAUUUUGUUCAUAUCAAGAACUGCGAGUGGAAUAAUUGCAUUGAUGUUCCUUUCCAGGGAAAAAUGUUUAAUUUGCAACUGCACUCACACAAACAGAAAUAGAAAUCAGAGUGCUCAUUUCCUUACAGACUGGAGUUUUGGUAUUGAUCUUCUUUUUAAUUCUUUUCUCUGAGCUUUUAAAAUUGCUUUUCUCGACACACAAUCAAAAGAAAAUUCCUCUUUGCAAAGUGUUCUGGUUUAGAUUAGACAUCACAAUCAUUUCUGGGAGAAAAAAAUGAAGGCUUCAAGCAGAGUUGGUGCACAAAAUGGCCACCCGUGAGCUGAUGGGAAAGUCCACCACCACAUGGGCCAGGCGUGAGCCAGCCAUUAACAAAGCCAAGUGUUGGCUGAAGUCCCCCAUGGAGGUACCACUCAGAGAUACCAAUGCCAGCUCUGGGCAGAGGUUUUGGGAGGUCUCAUCCCACCUUCAUUUAGAUUGAGGAGGUCAAAGGCUGGACAAAGUCUUGGUGGCUCAAGGCAUAGAGGAAAUGGAGUUUUCCCCAAUCCUAUUGCCCAGGGAAUGGAGGCUGGUGGAGAACGACGGGGGCAGGAGUGUUGUGCUGCAGAUUGCAGACUCUGUAGCCAAUGAGGGGAGUGGGGUGUUGGGGGAUUGUGCUCACAUUACUUGAUCCCCCUGUGACUUGCAGGGCCGAUGGCUGUGAUGAGUUUUCUUCUCGCCUUACAGGAGCACGGCAGGCAGAAAAUGGGAGGUCUCCUUCGUGUUCUCCCUGGGGGCUGGCAGUCACCCUCUGCUGUGUAGAAGACCUCAGGCAAUGCCUUUGUGCAGCCACCAGUGCUUGCUGUCCCUGUUUCCAUGCCCAGAAGAUCAUCUCCGUGCUUGGCCAAACCCAGCACCCAAGUAGCACCCAAUGGGCCCAACAACCAACAGUGUUGUCCUGGCCACUUUUCUUCCCACCAGCUCCAUUACCCACCCGGGGUCCUCCUCCCCAUGGGACACAUCUUCAAAGCUCUGUCAAUCUUUUCUUGGACGUUACCCUCUCAUUAAACACCAGCCUGGCCCCUGGGGUUUUGCUUUCCUCCACCCCCCUCCAGGGUGCCCCCAGCUUCACCCAGAAAACCUCUCCCAUCAGAUCAUCUGGUCCUGUCAGAGCACAGAGCUCUGUGCUCCAGCUGUCCCUGAGUGCCCUCUUGACCCUGAUGUUUGUGUCUGGAGGUGUUUCCUGGGGACCACGUAGCUGUGAGCCUUUGGAGAAAUGCCCAGAAGCUCCUCCAUACAGCAUCCAUGGAGGGAAAGAGUUGGGGAGAGGAGAAAACACUCCGUUGACCUGAAUUUGAGGAAGGCUAAGGAAUUAGACCAUAGGUUACAGAGGCAUUUUUAGUAGCAUACCAUGCAUGAUAUGGCAGCAAACAAAACAAGGACAGGCAGGGGGGUGAGUGGGUUUAUAUCCUAUAGACUAACAUGGCUUUGGGUUACUGUGGUCCUUUGGGAUGAAUUGGAAUGUGAGGUUGGCAGAAAGGUGGCUGGAUGUGACCAGACCCCAUGGACACAGUUCUGCUUUGUAUGUGCAAGGCAGAGUCAAGGCUGCAAGACACUGCAAGGCUGGACUUUGCUCAAUGUUUUCCAGGAAUGUGGGUCAGAAGGGCUGGGGAAAGCACAGAGCAGGUGUCCAUGGGGCUGUGCUGAGGAUCGUGACAGGGAAAACAGCCGUAUCAAGGCCAAGGAGCUGUGGGGAGAAUAUGGAGAGAGGGGAUCUGGGGCUGACUGUGGGACUGGGGAAGGGUCAGGUGCUCAGGUAGGAGCUAGGAGAGAACCUGGGUGCAAAGAAAUGGGGAAGCUCAUAAGCAUCUUGCCUUGGUGACCCCACUUUGGUGAGGGGUUGGUCUGGAUGAUCUCAAGAGGUGCCUUCCAGCCUCAGCUCUUCUGGGUUUCUGGGACUGAGCUGGGGAGCAGAGUGCUUUAGGUUAUGGCAGGGAAUAAGGAAGGACCUGGGGGGCAAAAGGGUCAGGGGAGCAACAUGGAGAUCAGGAGAUGGAGGGGUCUUAUGUGGGACAAGGCAUGAGGUGUGUGGGGUGAGCACAGAAUUUGGGGCCGGCAGGUAACCACGGAGGUGGCAUUGGGGGGGUGGGAAGCUCACAGUGGUGUUGGUGUGGGAACAGGAGUUGUGUCCCCAAAGAAAGGUGACCUGGCCCUGGCCUGCGCAGUCCCGUGCAGGCAUGGGGGGAGUGGGGGGGCAGGACCAUGUGUUGCAGCCCCAUAGGAGGGGGUAGGGGCGUGCUGCUGAAUGUGCAGGUCCCGGGUGGCUAUUCCUGGAGGCCCCCGCCUGCGCAGGCAGAUUGGUUUGCAGGGAGGUGACAAGUGCCAGACCAAGCCUAUAAAAAUCUCCAGCCCCUGCCCUGGCUCAGUGACCCGAUUCCCCCCUCCCAGCACAGCCGUCCUGCAGCACAGCCCGUUCCUUCAGAGUGGAGAUAUCGGAUCCGGAGUGGAGAUUCCUGAUCCAGAUCAGGGACCCCAGCUUCAGAGCUAAGAUCCCAAGUCUGGAGGACAGACCUUUGGUUUGGAGCGGAGACCCCCACUGAGAGCAGAGAUCCCGGAGCAGAGACCCCAAAACAGCCCCUCGGCUUUGCAGCAAUGACCGGCAAAACGGCUCCAGCUGCUGCAAAGAAAGCACCAGCCUCAAAGAAAGCACCGGCACCAGCCUCUAAGAAAGCACCGGAACCAGCCCCAAAGGAAGAGCCAGCACCGACCCCAAAGGAAGAGCCGGCACCGACCCCAAAGGAAGAGCCAGCACCGACCCCAAAGGAAGAGCAUGCCCCAGCCCCCGCUGCUGAAACACCCCCAGCCCCCGAGCAUCCCCCUGGUGCGGAGCAUCCUGCGGCCCCUGCAGCUGAGCACGCUCCGGCCCAUGAGGCUGAAGCUACUCCAGCCCAUGAGGAAGGAUCCCCCCCUGCUGCCCCAGCUGAAGCUCCAGCCCCAGAGCCUGAGCCUGAGAAACCCAAAGAAGAGCCGCCCAGCAUCCCCUUGUCCUUGGCUGUGGAAGAAGUGACUGAAAACUCUGUUACGCUGACCUGGAAAGCACCGGAGCAGACGGGCAAAUCGAGCCUGGAUGGAUACGUGGUGGAGAUCUGCAAGGAUGGAAGUUCGGACUGGACAGCUGUGAACAAGGAGCCUUUUCUCUCCACCCGCUACAAGAUCCAGGACCUUGGCUCUGGUGAGAAGGUCCACGUGCGGGUGAAGGCCAUCAGUGCCAGUGGCACCAGCGUCCCAGCUACCUUGGAGCAGCCAAUCCUCAUCAGGGAGAUCACUGAUCUCCCAAGGAUCCGCUUACCUCGUCAGCUGCGGCAGGUGUAUGUCAGGCAUGUUGGGGAGGCCGUGAACCUGCUGAUCCCUUUCCAGGGAAAGCCGCAGCCCCAGGUGACCUGGACCAAGGACAACCAACCCCUGGACACCAGCCGGGUCAACAUCCGCAACACAGAAAAGGACACAAUCUUCUUCAUCCGCACGGCGCAGCGCAGCGACUCGGGCAAAUACCAGCUUGCAGUCAGGAUAAAUGGAGCAGAGGACAAAGCCAUCCUGGACAUCCAAAUAAUUGAGCGGCCUGGGCCCCCCCAGAAUCUGAAACUGGUGGAUGUGUGGGGCUUUAAUGUGGCCCUGGAGUGGAGUCCCCCAGCAGAUAAUGGAAACUCCGAGAUAAAGGGCUACACAGUGCAGAAGUCAGACAAGAAGAGUGGGAAAUGGUUCACAGUGCUGGAGCGCUGCACCCGCACCAGCUGCACCAUCUCCGACCUCAUCAUAGGCAACACGUACUCCUUCCGCGUGUUCUCAGAGAAUGCCUGCGGGAUGAGCGAGACAGCAGCCGUUGCUUCUGGGGUGGCUCACAUCAAGAAAACAAAAACUGUUUACCAGCCACAGAAGAUCCCUGAACGGGACAUGAUGGAGCCCCCCAAAUUCACCCAACCCCUGACAGACCGAGCCACCACCCGGGGCUACAGCACUCACCUCUUCUGCUCCGUCCGGGGCUUCCCCCAGCCCAAAAUCAUCUGGAUGAAAAAUAAGAUGGAGAUACGGGAAGAUCCAAAAUACAUAGCAAUGAUUGAGCAGGGUGUCUGCUCCCUGGAAAUCCGCAAGCCCAGCCCCUUCGAUGCUGGCGUCUACACCUGCAAAGCUGUGAACCCUUUGGGGGAAGCCUCAGUAGACUGCAAACUUGAUGUGAAAAUGCCCAAGUGAUGACGGGUUGGAGGCUGAGAUGAAGAGUGAGGUAGGUUGGGGCUGGGGCUGAGGGAGGGGAGGAGGGUGGAUCCUUUGGGGAUGGAGCACAUUGGAUAUCCUGGACUGCCCCUUAUCAGCUGCUGAUGAAGCCCUGCUUGGGGACUGCCUCCUCCCAGGGCUGGAGAUGUGCUGGUGGGAGAGAUGAGAGAAACCUGCCCCUUUGCUGGGAAGAAGAAAGGCUGUAAAUGGGCCAAGAGAAAAGAGGACAUGAAUGGGAGACACAUGAACAACAGUCAGGGCUUGGAGACAUGGGGCUGAGUAAACAUAGGGGGCUGGGGGCAGGUAUAAAGGUGUGCAAGACAGAGGAGCAGAGCUGAAGGGCUGCAGCUGAACCUCGUGGGGCAGAUGAGGGUGGAGGAACUUGUCUGCAAGUCAUUCCUUGGAUCCACAGCUGGAAUUUGGUUUCCCAUCUCACCUUUGAUCAGCAGCUGGCAGGACUCAGAUCCUGUUCCUUCACCCAGGUGGAUGCAGCAGCAGCACAGCAUGUGGUGAUGCUCCCAGCCACAACCUCCACUGCCUGCAGGCCUGUCCCCUCCCCAGCAGUGCCCCUGGGUCCUGCGUGUUGUCCUGGCCAUGGCA